GCUCGGGAUGGAGCCCGUGGAGGCCUGGACCCCCGGGAAGGUGGCUGCUUGGCUGAGAGGUCUUGAUGAUGCCCUACAGGACUAUCCCUUCGAGGACUGGGGUUUGCCCGGGAAGUACCUGCUGCAGCUCUGUCCCCAAAGCCUCGAGGCUCUGACUGUGUGGCCUUUGGGCCACCAGGAGCUCAUUCUAGAUGGGGUGGAGCAGCUCCGGGCCCUGGGCUCUAAACUACAGACAGAGAACCUGCAGAGCCUGGCUCAGGGGCUGCUGGAAAGGACACAGGCCUUCCAAAGCUUGGUCCAAGGCCGUCUGGGAGAUUGUGCUGAGACACCUGCUGAUGUCCUCAGUGCUGCUGUGGCGCUGGUGCGGGAGGCCCAUGCCCUCCUCUCUUGGCUUAACAGGCGCCUCUUCUCUCAGGUAAAUGACUUCUCUGCCUGCCAGGAGAUUGGCGUGCUGUGUGGGGAGCUGGGCCAAGUCCUGCAGGAGGACUGCCCAGAGGCUGAGAAGGAAGGCGACAUCCUGAGGAUCUGCGGCCACGUGGCAGGGAUCUGUCACAACAUCCUGAGCUUCAGCCCGGCGGAGCUGCUGGAGCAGAGGGCCGUGUUGGAGACGGUGCAGUUGGACGACCCUGCCGGUCUAGAGAUUCACACCACCAGCAACUGCCAGCACUUUGUGUCCCAAGUAGGGGUUCAGGCUGCCACCAGCUCCCAGAUCCUGCCAGGAGACGAGAUCGUUCAGAUCAAUGAGCAGGUGGUGGUGGGCUGGCCCCAUAAGAACAUGCUGAGGGAGCUGCUGAGGGAACCAGCAAGAGUCAGCCUUGUGCUGAAGACGAUUCCCGUGCCAGAGACCCCCUCACAGACGCCCCUGGACUCCCCUCACCUGCUAAGCCAGCCGCUGCCCCUGAACCCACCGUCUCCCAGAGUUCCAUCUGAAGGCCUUUUUGCCUUCAGCCUGUCUGCUGAUGGAAAUCCUGGACCCAGUCCCACCUGGACAGACUCUACCUCCCUUGACGCUCAGUCCCCGCCCACUCUCCCAGGCACACUUCCAGAAGAAAUGGCAGAACCUCUGAAGUCUUCGGGACCCCUUGACAAGAGCCCUAUCCUUGGUUGGAAGAAAUCUAAAGGUAUAGCCACAAGGCUGAGCCGCCGACGGGUGUCCUGCCGAGAGCUGGGUCUGCCAGACUGUGAUGGAUGGCUUCUACUGCGAAAGGCACCCGGUGGCUUAAUGGGCCCACGCUGGCGCCGCUGCUGGUUUGUGCUCAAGGGACACACCCUCUACUGGUACCGCCAACCCCAGGAUGAAAAGGCCGAAGGGCUUAUCAAUAUCUCCAACUACAGCCUGGAGAGUGGGCAUGACCAGAAGAAAAAAUAUGUGUUCCAGCUGACCCAUAAUGUGUACAAGCCCUUCAUCUUCGCUGCUGAGACCCUGUCUGAUCUGAGCAUGUGGGUGCGGCACCUCAUUACCUGCAUUUCCAAGUACCAGGCUCCAGGCCGGGCCCCCUCGGCCAGAAAGGAAGAUUGCUACAGUGAGACAGAAGCAGAAGACCCGGAUGAGGACGCUGGGUCCCGCUCAGCUUCUCCUGGCCCUGCUCAAGCUUGGAGUGACACAUCACCCGUGGCUUCACCCCUGCAGAGUCCGAGGGCCUCCUGUGGCUCUUCACCAGGUGCUGCUCCGGGAGCAGGGAACUGGGCUUCAGGGCUGUCGUGUGGUACUCAUCCUGCAUCCUGAUUCCACAGACAGCAGUGACAGAGCCCUGGAAGGAAUGGUACAGGGGCUGAGGCAGGGAGGGGUG